GCGGAGUGUGGAGCAAGCCAGUUAUCCACAACACCAACAUAGAGAAGGCCAUGCAGAAACCUUUCGACCAAGGACCCUCUGACGCCUGUGAAAACGGACAACAUGCCACUGUCCUUCUUCCCUCCUCGUCACGCUGUCCAUAACAGGAGCCAGGGCAGAACCCUCUUCAGGACCCCUAUGGCUCCAAGGACCACCUUCGCCCCAACCUCGACCAAUAGACAGCGCUUCCUGUCCACUCCAAGACCCACAAUGCCUCUGGUGCAGAACGAGCCAACCGGUACCAGCUUCCUGAGACCUUUGACCCCCACCGAGCCUCGCUCUCCUAUAGGCUCUGCCAUUACCACGGCAGCCAGGAACACGACGUUGCCUCGUGGUCGCGUAGCUCUCUACUCCACCCCUAACGGCAUCAGACCUCUCUCUCUACCCAGGAACAAAAACACCACCUCCCUCCUCACCUCCGUCACGCGUGAGGCCGACGGGGAGCACCACAAGGGUCUUGCUAUUCCCAAACCUGCAGUCUGGUCCGGAAACCGACUGGGCUCCCCUGCAGUCCUGCGUCCCUCUCUUCCUGUCAACAAGAGGCCCAACCUGGUGGGGAAAACAGGAGACAAGGAUAAGCCCAUAGACCUGAAGCAGGGAGACAAGGCAUCCAUCUUGAAGUCCUUCCUUCCGGUUACGACUAAGCCCUCCAAACCAAAGACCACAACCAUCGCCCCYGCCUUGAACGCCACUCGUAAUGAGACAGGUGACAACUCUUCUGUGUUCAGCUCUCUGCCUGCUUCGGAAGUGGACGCCUUGGGCAAGAAGCGCUUCGUAGCCCCUCAUGUGCUCUAUAAGACGGACAAGAAGCCAGACGAGCCGUGUUCCAUAACACACUCCCUCAGCUUCUUCCCUGAGGAGGAGGGGGUGGAGCAGAACGUCACCGCACCCCCCCGCUUGUCCCCCUCCAACGUCACCGUGGUGACCGUGGAGGGAUGCCCCUCCUUCAUCAUCCUGGACUGGGAGAAGACUGACAACGACACCACAGAGUAUGAGGUAAUUUCAAGAACCCAAGGACCCAAUGGAGAAGAGGUGUCCAUCCUGACUACCAACCAGACUCACACUGCUGUGGAGAAUUUAAAACCAGAGAGCAGUUACGAGUUCAAAGUGAAACCCAAGAAUGAGCUUGGGGAAGGGCCUGCCAGUGAGGCGGUGUCGUUCAACACAGAGUCAGCGGACCCUCGGGUGAGUGAGAAUGUCUCAGGUAAAGCUGCUAUCUGGACACAGUUCCCCUUCAAGGCAGAUUCCUACUCGGAGUGUAACGGGAAGCAGUACGUGAAGAGAACCUGGUACCGCAAGUUUGUGGGCAUCCAGCUCUGCAACUCCCUUAGAUACAAAAUCUACAUGAGCGACUCGCUCAAUGGCAAGUUCUACAACAUCGGGGACCAGACUGGUCAUGGGGAGGACCACUGCCAGUUUGUAGAUUCUUUCCUGGACGGACGAACAGGCAGCCAGGUACUGGCCGACCAGCUACCCAGCCGAUCAGGUUUCUACCGGGCUAUGCGUCAGGAACCAGUCAACUUCGGCCAGAUCGGAGGGAACUCGCAUUCCACCUAUGUCGGCUGGUACGAGUGCGGAACACCCAUACCUGGGAAAUGGUAAGACCCCUCCACCAAGGAGGUGGCCAGGAAGAUGCCUGACUGAAAGAGGGAUUAUUUUACCAGGCUGAAAGGAGGACUGAGGAGGCCUGAGGGGAGGUGGGCUUCUCUGUUACCAUGGAGAUGUGCCUUUCUGACUGUCUAUUUGUCAGAUGGCAACAGCCCACAUUCCAUUGUAUAAAAGUGUACAGGACCAUACAUUGUCACGAACUCUGUUAGGCACAUUUGUCAUAUCUCCUUAAAUCUCAUCUCACUAUUUAUCAAACACGACAACAUGAGAAAAUACUCAAAACCUGUAAACAUGGAAGAGAAGUUGGUAAAGGUUUUUCAGAGUGCUUCAUUAAAUAUGAACACCGGAAACUGUUGGGAAGCUGGCUCCCUAAAAAUGUAAUGUGUAUGGUUUUAUUUAUCAGCAGUUGUUAUUCAUGUACCUUGUGGUUUCUAUUGGCCAGUCUGCUACAAAAGCAUUAGUUUUCACUCAUAUGGAUACUGUCUAUACUCAAUACCUUUCUUGAUUGGUCCUGUGGGAUUAACAGUUGCGGUUUGCACAAUAUGAAAGUAUUAAAUAUAUGUAUAUGAUGUGAAAGAACAAUAUUUCUGAACUACUAUCAAGUCUCAACAUUAAGUUUACAAAGCAAGGCGGUUCCACGAGUGUGUGUUAAUCACUUGGAAAAACACCUGAAUGGGUUCUUUAGCCAAUGAAUGUCCAAAUAUUAAGUAGAGAUAAAAUCAUCAGAUACUGGGAUUCACUCAGUUGGAAUGAACAGCAUAAGGAUAUGCUUUGUUGUUSUUUCAUCUUCAAUUUUCUAACUUCAACUCAUCUCAAUUUGGAGAAUGAUUGCCAGGAAUCCGUUAUGUGGAUGUGGUCCUAAGCUCAUUGCAAGUGACCACAAUUGUCCACCUCUGGGGUGUGUUCAGUGGGGUGCAACAUGGCAGAAUGUUAAGAUGUAAUGUAUUGGGUUUGUAGGAUGAUGAAUUGUGUCAGUUCUAUACGUUACAUUUCUACCUACAACAUUCAGAACAUUUCCCCUCACCGACAAAACCCUUCGUUUUUAGCCUUGGAAUGUUUUGCUACAGUUUUGUUCGUCUGAGUUUAAAUAUUAUAUAACAUGUACAUAAAGGCUUCUUUUAGUGUGGAAACAACCAAAGAAAUAUUACAUUUAACAUUUUGUACAGUUGCUCGCAAAUGGCUGCAGUUGUAUUUUCAACCCACAUUUUGUGGGAAAAGUGUUUAUAGAUUGUUUCAGAUAUGUACAACCAUUUCUGUUUCUGUUUUCAACAAUAAAUCCUUAAGUAUGGUUCUUUUUUUACUACU